AUGGCCGCAAGGACGAGUCGCAGGCCGGCCCACAACACCGACAAGCCGGUGAGAGACACCGACCUCGACGCGGCGCUGGCCCGGUUCUCGGCCGUCUUGAAGAACUACCUGCACGAGUUGAGUGUCUCCGCCCCUCCUCCCUUCGCCCGGCCAGAGACUGACGGGGCCGUCCACAGCGACUAUGCGGCCUUGUUUGUGCCCGCAAGCCUCUCGAGCCGCGAGCGGGCCCGGCCGCCAUGGGUGAACAUCGGCACCCACCAGCGCACAUACAUGAUCGACGAGCUGGUCGACCGCUUCCUCCUCGGAACCGCCGCAGAAGGGCCGCAAGUGGUGUCGCUGGGCGCAGGCAGCGACAGCCGCUUCUGGCGCCUCCGCUCCCGGCUCGCCGCCCGGUGGCCACCGCUGGCCCGCUGGGUCGAGACCGACCUCGAGCCGACCGUGCGCCAGAAGAUCCGGACGAUCGCCGCACACGACUCGCUCCGGGGUCUGUGUGGCCGCUGCUCGCUUGAUCCUUCCGCAACAACAACGCCUCCGCCCGAUGGCCGGCCUGAUGGCCCGCCGACGGAGCUCCAUGGCGCCCAUGACACGCUGCUCUCGGCCGACCUGCGUCGGCCAGCGGAGCUCGUCGCGAAGCUCAGCGCGUCUGCUCCGACCGCCGACGCCGCCCCGAUGGGUCUUCAGACCUAA